AAGAGUUCAAGCCCCAAAUGUAAGCACAUAAUAUAAUUUAAAUUACAAUAGUGGCAGAUUUGGCAUUGCAUCGUUGGGUUCAUUAACCACGCAAGUAACUGCAGUACCUCCUGCUCAGUUCGGAGCUCUGCGUCGUUUUGGCAGACAGCAGGCAUGGCCAACUUAGUGUGGGUUGGCAUUGUCAUAGGACUUGCUUUUAGCGAAUGGGUUCAUGGUUUCGCAGACCAUCACUUCAACGAAACAGAGCUGUCUUUGUUGGAGGCUCAUGAAGCGUCCUUGGCUGGCCCCAAUCCUCUGCUCGUAGGACUAACCCUCAUUCCCGGUGCUUCAGCUAAAGGAGCAGUUUGCUUGGAUGGAACAUUACCUGGUUAUCAUUUGCAUCGAGGACAUGGAUCAGGAGCAAACAGCUGGCUCAUCCACUUAGAGGGAGGUGGUUGGUGUAAUAGUGUUAGAUCAUGUGUUUUCCGGAAGACAACGAGACGUGGAUCAUCAAAAUUUAUGGAAAAGGAACUCCCUUUUACAGGAAUAUUAAGCAAUAAUGCUGAACAAAAUCGAGAUUUUUUCAACUGGAACAGAGUGAGGCUUCGUUAUUGUGAUGGUGGUUCUUUUACUGGGGAUAAUGAAGAUAAGGCUGCUAAACUGAAAUUUAGAGGACAACGCAUUUGGUUGGCUGCAAUGGAAGAUUUGAUGUCAAAGGGAAUGCGUCAUGCCAAGCAGGCUCUUCUUUCUGGAUGCUCAGCCGGUGGUCUGGCUGCUAUUAUACACUGUGAUGAAUUUCAUGGUCUAUUUCCGAGUGCUACUAGAGUGAAGUGUUUGAGUGAUGCUGGGUUAUUUCUUGACGUGGCCGACGUCUCAGGUGGUCGUACUCUCAAAGAUCUAUAUGGUGGUGUUGUAGGAUUGCAGGGGGUGUGGAAGAAUCUGCCACGCUUUUGUACCAACCAUCUUGAUCCAACUUCAUGUUUCUUCCCUCAGAACUUGAUCGCCAGUGUUAGCGCCCCACUAUUCAUUCUCAAUGCGGCCUAUGAUACGUGGCAGAUACAAUCCAGCAUAGCUCCUCCAUCAGCAGAUCGCCAAGGCUAUUGGCAUCGUUGCAGAUUAAACUUUAAUAGAUGUACUAGAAAUCAAAUAGAGUUUCUGCAAGGAUUCAGGAAUCACAUGCUGAAUGCCGUCAGAGACUUCUCAAGAUCAAGCCAUAAUGGAUUGUUUGUAAAUUCUUGUUUUUCCCACUGUCAAACCGAGAGGCAGGAUACGUGGUUUGCCCCCAAUUCUCCUGUCGUUGGGAAAAAGGCAAUCGCUGAGGCUGUUGGGGAUUGGUAUUUUGACCGAGCUGGUGUAAAAAGCAUUGACUGUGCUUACCCUUGCGAUAAGACAUGCCACCAUCUGGUUUUUGAAUGAGUCUGCUAUCACUCUCACCCAUAUUAUCAGUUUCCAUCUCUUCAUUUCAGCCACUGAACGCAGAGCAUGCCAUU